AUGGCUGAUUACUUCCAAGAAAUGGGAUGGAAUGAGCUAGGAGAAGGAGAGCAACCUAACCACAUGCUCCAUAUGGCUAGAUUUCUAAUUGACUUUGGUUUUGAUAAUGAUAAUCCCAAUAUUGCAUGGCCUAGUUUGCCACCACCUGCCUCAAAACAAGUUGUUAAAGAUUUACCUGAAAUUACAAUUGACAAUGAUGGUCAAAAUUGUCCAAUAUGUCUUAAAGAAUUUAAGGCAAAAGAAAAAGUCAAGAAAAUGCCCUGUGAACAUUUCUUUCAUCGAACAUGUAUAUUAACUUGGUUAAAUAAGACAAAUUCAUGCCCCUUUUGCCGCUUAGAGCUGCCAACAGAUGACGAACGUUAUGAAACAUUUAAAAAAGAAAAGAAACGGGCGAAACAGAGGGUGGAAGAUUUAGAAAUACUUCAUAGUUCAAUGUUUAGUUGA